AUGGAGGGUAGCAAUCAUGGGCAUAAGCCGUUGGAGGAAAGUGUAACGCCGGGGACAGAAGACAAAUCACCACCGGUGCGUGGAAUUGGCUUGCGGGUGACGAAUAUAGAGGUGGAAGUUAAUACUGGUGCGGCAUGUGAAGGAAGCUUUAUGGUGGCAAAGAAGGUUUCCCAUGCAAACCCUAGUGUGACGGCUGAUAAGGGUGUGAUGAGUAGCGCAAACCCUAGUGGGACGGCUGAUAAGGGCUCUAUGGAUGCUGGUAUUUCAACUAAACCCUUAUCAUAUGCAGAGUCGGUCGUGGCUGAAAGCUUGAGAAAGGUAAAUUUUCAGAAACUGACCACUAUUGAUAAGCAUGAUGGUUGUGAUGUGGUGUUGCCUAGGGAUUCAAUAAGAGUAGCGAAAGACAAAAUGGCAAACACGUUGUAUGGCUAUUUUUUGGGGGAUAGAGUAGCAUACCUAGUUGUGGAAUACUUUGUUCGGAACAAUUGGAAAAGAUUUGGGUUGCAAAAGUCAAUGAUGAACGCAAACGGUUUUUUCUUUUUCAAGUUUGGUGAUCAAACGGGUAUGAUGAAUGCACUUAAUGAGGGUCCAUGGAUCAUUCGGUCACAACCGUUGUUCUUGGAAGUUUGGUCUCCUUCGGUUAAACUUGAGAAGAAAGAAGUAAAAAAGGUUCAAGUUUGGGUCAAGAUUCAUGAGGUCCCUAUUGUGGCUUACACGGAGGAUGGUCUAAGCUUAAUUGCGUCAGCUAUAGGGGAGCCGAAGGCUCUAGAUUCUUUUUCAACAGCUAUGUGUGUUGAUAUGUGGGGUCGUAGCAGCUACGCUCGUGCUCUAAUUGAAAUAUCGGCUGAUAAUGAUUUCAAGGAGGAGUUGGUCAUUGCGGUUCCGUGUAUGGAUGGGGAUGGAUUUGCUAAGGAGAAGGUUUAUGUAGAAUAUGAAUGGAUCCCCCAUAGGUGUGGCCGGUGUUGUGUUUUUGGUCAUAAUGAUGAUGCUUGUCCGAGGCAGGUGGCUCGUCUAACUACGGGUGUGAAUAAAGGCCCUAAACAAAAGGAAGCUAAUCAAGGUUUGGGUCCGAAAAAGGUGAGGUUUACUGAUUCGGGUAGUUUUACGGAUGUGGAUUCUAGAAAAGUGGCAAAACGGACCGGCUUUCCAGUGAAUAAACAAAAACAAAAGUUUGAGUAUAGACCAGUGGCGCCUAAACAUGAUUAUAUUAAAACGGGAGGUGGAGUGAAGAUUCAACCGAAAUCAGCGACUAAUGUUGCUUUGCAUAACUCGUUUGAUGCUCUUGUGAAUGAUGAAGGGGAAUCGAGUAAAACAAGGGGGGGAGGUGAUAAGGGUCAAGAGGAUUCGGAUGAUGAGGAGGUAGUGGAAGUGGGUUUGAACCGACCCCUGAAACAAAAGGAGGUUCGUCAAGUUGUCAAGGAUAAUAACGUCUAUUUAUGUGCCAUUCUUGAAUCUCAUGUGGAUGUGAAUAACUUGAGUAAAGUGUGUGGCUUUGUGUUUCGGAAUUGGGAUUGGACUUCAAAUGGUGGUUGUUGUCAAAAAGGGACUCGCAUAAUCCUCGGAUGGGAUCCGGCUGUAGUGGAAGUUAUGGUUCUCUUUCAAGCGACUCAAGUGAUGCAUUUUCAGGUUAUCUUUAAACUCGACAGGAGAAUGCUUUUUUGUUCGGUUGUGUAUGCAGCAAACUAUUAUAUUUCGCGUAGGGAGUUAUGGAACCAACUCAGAAUGCAUAAAGCGCUGGUCAAUAAUGCCCCGUGGGUUAUAAUGGGGGACUUUAAUUCGGCUCUUAAUCUAGAAGGCAAGUCUUUUGGCAUUUCUAAUGUUUCUCCAGGUAUGCGUGAUUUCAAGGAAUGUGUGGAGGAUAUCGAAAUGUUUGAUGUUAAACGAGUGGGUAUGCAUUUCACGUGGAACCAAAAGCCGAAGAAUGGUGUGGGUUUGUUAAAGAAAAUUGAUCGUGUCUUGGGUAAUACUCCGUUUGUGUCUGCUUAUCCGGAAUCGGUUGCUGUCUUUCAACCCUAUGGAGUCUCGGAUCAUAGUCCUUGCAUUUUGAAAUUUCCAAAAGUGGCAAAACCCAAGCCAAGACCGUUUAAAUUCGCUAAUUUCUUAGUGUUCAAACCGAAAUUUUUGGAUAUUGUCAAAAAGUAA